ACAUGGUCUUCUGAUCUCCAACAGCAUCUAAUGCAGGUGUGACUCUUGUGAACUUUCUUAUUUCUCACUGAACGGUUGAAGUUUAGUAAAUCCUUUGUGGUUGAUAUAGACAUGACCGAGCAAAAAGCACAAGGCUUCGAAGCGAUCCGUAAUGUAUAUGAACAGACUACUAAUCAGCCUCCUCGAAUCUCCUCACCAUACAUAUUUGGUAGCCAAAUCGACUUCCAAUCCGGAGCGACCCAAUCUCAUCAAAUUCCCGUGACAACUGAUCAGCAUCCUCUACGUGCAUCACCAUGCUUGAUUCAGCAGCAGGAACUUAAUGAAAAUAUUCAGCAAAAUCCAGAUCUAGCAGGCCCAUACCAGCUCCGGAGCACGGCUCAAGUCCAGACGCAAUCAAAUAUGCCACAAAGAGAAACGCAAAUAAGGCAAGGAGAACAGCAUCCGUUGACAGCUGGAUAUUCAGGGCAUCAAAUGCCUGAUUUCAGGAGCUAUGGGCCUCAGUUCUUGCCAUACACCUCGCAUCCUCAAAUGCAUUUUCCCCCUCAAAGAAUGAUCUAUCCUGGUCAAUUAUAUCCAAUUCCAAUGGAUCCACAGUAUUGGGGCCAAAUUAAUACACCUUGGAGCCAAGGAAUGCCUCAUAUGACAGAUCCCCAUCAAUAUUCGACAAGCCUGCAUUCUCAAGUCGAGCCUCCUAAUCAAGAAGUGAUGUCCAAAUUUCCUGCGCAACCAGUCAAGAUGAAAGCAAAAUCGGGAGCCAGCAAGGGCCAGGGAAAAUACGCUAGUCAGCGGAAGGAGAAUAAAAUGGACCCAAAGGAUGACUCAUCAUCCGAUGAGAGCGAAGAAAACGAGGACGAGGAGGAAGAAGAAAAAGAAGGGGAGGAGGAGGAAGAAGAGCAGGAAAAGAAGCAACGAAAGGUGGAACGUGUCAAAGAACGUAUCUUUAACUUCAUAGUAAAAGCGAAAGAUUUAAAACGGACUGUCGAUGAACUGUCACGUCACACAAAAUCUCAGCCAAAAGAAAUUCGCAAAAUGAUCAAAAUGGAUGACCGGCUUCUCCUAUCGAAGGACAUGGUAUCGUUGAGAAUAAAUUUGUCGGUAUGCAAGAACCAUAUGACUGAUGAUGGCUGCGAUGAAGAUUCCUGUGAAUCAUUGCAUAUUUGUCCAAAAUUCCUAGUUGGGCUUUGCUCAGAUAAAAAGUGUGAUUUUGGUCAUGACAUUGACACACACCACAAUCAUGAAGCUCUCAGCCAAAAUAACUUAGAGAAUGUUGAUUUUGAGUUGCUGAGGAAAUUGGUCAAACUUGACAAUAUUGCUCCUGAUGUAUGUGAAGAUUAUAACUUCGAGCAGUGCAGUAAAGGGCAUAAGUGCAUCAAAAUGCACAUUUGUGUGAAUUUCAUCAUGGGAACUUGUGAGGAAAAUUGCGAACUGAAUCAUGACAUCAACGAUUCAGAAUGCAAGAAAUUGCUUCAGCGCGCCCAUGCAGAUCAACGACGCACCCAAAAAGAAUGGAGGAUUUUCUUUAGGAAAAGUAAUGGCAAUUGGGAGGAAGUCACUCGGCGAAAUGAGGAACGGAAGAGGAAAAAGGCGGAUCUGAAGCAAAGAGAAGAGCAAGAACCCAUGGACAGUACGGCAUGGAGUUCAUCACAGAAAAAAUCAGAUGAAUUCGCAUCCCAGAAUGGCCAAGAUCGCUCCGCCCUCCCUUUGAAUCAAAAUUAUACAAACGGUGCAUUACAAAGGGUGAACGAAAAGGAGACGCUGGCUCAAAAAAUGAAGCGGACGUGUCAGGGGAUUGACGGAUUCAUUCAUGAACUUCCCCGGAAGCAAGUGAAUGAAGAUAGAAUGAAUCGAUUGGCCAAUUACGAGAUCGGCGAGAGAGGACCAGCCAGUGGGAUGGGAAAAGUGCUCAUGCUUGUUGGAGCCACAGGAGCAGGAAAAACUACACUCAUCAAUGGGAUGGUUAAUUACCUGUACGGAGUCCAGUGGGAAGAUCCUUUCCGUUUGAAGUUGAUUGGAGACGAAAGUGGAGAGAAAUCUCAAGCCCACAGCCAGACAAAGUGGAUCACGGCUUACGUCCUACACCAGCAGGAAGGAUUCCGUUUGCCCUGUACUUUGACCGUCAUCGAUACCCCGGGGUUUGGAGACACUGAGGGGAUCAAGGCAGACGAUGAGUUGAGGAUUCAGAUCCACAAAUUCUUUUCCCAUGGUGGGAGCAUCGGAGUGGAUCAGCUUGAUGGGAUCUGCUUCGUUGUCCAGGCUUCCCUGGCCAGGUUGACUCACACUCAAAAGUAUAUAUUUGAUUCGAUCUUGGCCGUAUUUGGGAAAGAUGUUGAAAAAAUCAUCUACGUGCUGACAACCUUUGCGGACGGCCAGAAGCCUCCUGUUCUAGUAGCCCUCAAGGACGCCAACAUCCCGUGCAAAAACUCUUUCAAAGUAAACAAUUCUGCAUUUUUUGUCAAACCGUCUGAUGAGCCCGAUGCUGAGGAUUUGAACGGCUUUUUUUGGAAAAUGGGAAUAUCAAGCUUUGAGAAAUUCUUCAAGGAUUUCCUUGAGACGAAACCCGUGAGUCUGACUCUGACGCAGGAUGUCCUGAAGGAGAGGAAACACUUGGAGGCGGCACUCCAGGGGAUCUUGCCGCAAAUUAAAACAGCUAUGGCAAGGGCAGAAAGGGUGAGGCAAACAUAUUUGGCGUUGAAACAGCACGAAGCAGAGGCUGAUGCUAACAAGAAUUUCAAUUACACAGUCAAGGUUCCAAAACACAAAAAGGUGAACCUAGAUUCGGGAACGUACGUGACGAACUGCCUUAAUUGCAACUUCACUUGCCAUUAUCCAUGUUACAUUCCAAAUGACAAAGACAAGGCUGGAUGUGCUGCGAUGCACAUUGUAGAAGGGACGGCAUGUUGUAAUGUAUGUCUCAAGAAGUGCGUGUGGCACAAACACGUCAACAACGAGUAUCGCUUCGAAACCUAUGAGGAAGAGGAAGAACAUACCUAUAAAGAGUUGAAGAAGAAGUACGAAGACGCAUCUGGGAAACGACUGAAUGCCAAAGGUGUUCUGAACGAACUCAUCAAGGACUUUAACGUUGAGAGGACCAAAAUCUUGAAGCUGACCAAGGAGGCGCACAAAUGCUUGCAGAAGCUCGACAAGAUUGCCUUGAAGCCCGAUCCAUUGGGUAUCACAGAAUACAUUGACCUCUUGAUUGAGAGCGAAAAACGAGAAGCCAAACCUGGUUUCGAACAGAGAAUCACAUACCUUCUAGAUGCAAAGGAGAAAGCAAAAUUGGCCGAGAACCUGAAGGAAGAUUUUGAUCCAUUAGAGGAAUGCAUGAGGGAGCCAGACAAGAUGGAGGGUCACAGGAAGCUGGAGGAGACUCUGGCGAUCGUGAAACCGGACGCCUUCGACCACGCGGAGGAAAUCGAGGAGCUGAUCCUCGGACAGGGCUUCCAGAUCGUCCAGAGAAAGGAAGUCACCCUGACGCGGGACGAGGCGGCGGCAUUCUACGCGGAACACGAGGGAAAGCCGUUCUACGAGGGCCUGGUGGAGUUCAUGACCAGCGGUCCGAUCGUGGUCAUGGCCCUGGCGAGAAAGAACGCGGUGAAGCACUGGAGAACCCUGCUCGGGCCGACGAACACGGCGGUGGCGAAAGAAGAGAGACCCGACAGCAUCCGCGCCAAGUUCGGGUCGGACGGGACGCGGAACGCCGCGCACGGCUCCGACUCCACCGAGAGCGCGAACCGAGAACUCCAGUUUUUCUUCCCCGAGUUGACGUUGAACGAGGUGCUGGAGGGAGAGCGUCGAGACAACUACCUGGACGAGUCCUUGAACCCCAUCCUCAUGAAGGGACUCUACGCCGUGAGCAAGGAACGACCCGAAAACCCGGUCGCCUGGCUCGCCGACUGGCUCCUGGCCAACAAUCCCGGUCAGGCCUCCUCUUGAUGCGACUCCAUCCCCUCGCUCUCGUCCCCGCUGUCGACCGUGUCCUUCCCAUCCCCACCCCUUCGGUGUCGGACGAUCAUCACGGUGGUAUAUCGGUGUCGUUAGCAAAUAUGCGUCACUGUCAAAUCGGGCAAUCUCGGUCCUGGACGGCCCCUCCUCGUUAAAGCUCACGAACCGUUUCUAUCGACUCCGGCU